AUGGCUCCAUCAAUUGACGAGUUAUCCGUUAGUACCAUUAGAGGCUUAUCCGUUGAUCAGGUCAAUGCUGCUCAAUCCGGUCACCCCGGUGCUCCAUUAGGUUUGGCACCAGCAGCUCACGCUGUUUGGAGAAGAAUGAAGUUCAACCCACAAGACCCAAAAUGGAUCAACAGAGAUAGAUUUGUUCUUUCCAAUGGUCACGCUUGUGCUAUGUUGUACUCGCUUUUAUAUUUGUACAACUAUGACUUGUCAAUUGACGAUUUGAAGCAAUUUAGACAAUUGAACUCAAAGACCCCGGGCCAUCCUGAAAGAUUAGAUACCCCAGGUGUUGAAGUCACCACUGGUCCAUUGGGUCAAGGUAUCUCGAACGCUGUUGGUAUUGCCAUUGCUCAAAAGCAAUUUGCUGCUACCUACAACAAGCCCGACUUUCCAAUUUCCGACGCCAAAAUCUUUUGCUUCCUUGGUGAUGGUUGUUUGAUGGAGGGUGUUUCUUCUGAAACUUCUUCGUUGGCUGGCCACUUGCAAUUGGACAAUUUGAUUGCCUUUUGGGAUGACAAUAGAAUCUCCAUUGAUGGUGACACUGCUUGUGCAUUCACUGAAAAUGUACCGGAGAGAUACAAGGCUUAUGGAUGGCACGUUUUGGAAGUCCCAGACGCCAACACCAACAUUGAUGCCAUUUCAGCCGCGGUUGAUGAAGCUUUGGAAAUUACCGGUAAGCCAGUCUUGAUCAGAUUGGUGACAACCAUUGGUUUCGGUUCUAAAGUCGCUGGUACCGGUGGAGUCCAUGGUGCUCCAUUGAAAGCCGAUGACUUGAAGCAAUUGAAAAAAUCAUGGGGUUUCGAUGAAGAGUCAAACUUUUUCGUUCCAAGCGAAGUUGCCAGCUAUUUUGCUGAAAAAGUUGAAGAAAACAAAAAAGUGCAAGCUGAAUGGGAAAAAUUGUUUGCUGCUUACAAGGAGAAAUAUCCAAAGGAAGGUGCUGAAGUUCAAAGAAGAUUGGAUGGUAAAUUCCCAGAUGGAUGGAAGGACAACUUGCCCACUUUUACUUCCAAGGACAAGGCUGUUGCCACUAGAAAAUUGUCUGAAGGUGUUUUGGACUACUUGUACGGAGUUCUUCCAGAAUUGAUUGGUGGUUCUGCCGAUUUGACCGGUUCCAACUUGACCAGACCAGAAGCAUCAACCGAUUUCCAACCACCUUCGACUGGGUUGGGUGACUACUUUGGUAGAUACUUGAGAUACGGUGUUAGAGAACACGGUAUGGGAGCCAUCAUGAAUGGUAUUGAUGCCUUCGGUGCUCACUACAGAAACUACGGUGGUACCUUUUUGAAUUUUGUUUCUUAUGCUGCUGGUGCAGUUAGAUUAUCUGCAUUGUCGCACCAAGGUGUCAUUUGGGUUGCCACUCACGACUCGAUUGGUUUGGGUGAAGACGGUCCAACACAUCAGCCCAUUGAAACUUUGGCCCUUUUGAGAGCCAUGCCAAACACCUCGGUUUGGAGACCAGCUGAUGGUAACGAAGUCUCGGCUGCUUACGUUGCUGCAAUUGAAGGUGUUGACCACCCAUCUAUUCUUGCUUUGACUAGACAAGGAUUGCCACAAUUGGAGCACUCCAGCAUCGAAGGUGCCUUGAAAGGUGGUUACACUGUCUGGCCCGUGGAAGGCAAAGCCGACAUUAUUAUUGUCUCUUCUGGUUCCGAAGUUUCAAUCUCCGUUGACGCUGCUAAAUUGUUGGCUGAAAAGAAGGGUCUCAAAACCGCCGUUGUUUCGAUUCCUGAUUUCUUUACUUUUGACAAGCAACCAAUUGAAUACAGAUUGAGUCUUUUGCCAGAUGGUAUUCCAAUCUUGUCUGUUGAGGUCUUGUCUACUUUCGGAUGGUCUAAAUACUCGCACGAACAAUUUGGUUUGAACAGAUUUGGAGCUUCUGGUAAAGCUGGCGAUUUGUACAAAUUCUUUGACUUUACUCCUGAAGGAAUCGCCGAACGAGCUGAAAAAGUUGUUGCGUUCUACAAGGGCAAGACUGUUGGUUCUCCCUUGCACUCUGCUUUCGAAGAAACUAAAUAA